AGCGGCAAGCAAUCGGAAAUUUUCGAAAUUGUUUUCUGUUUGACGCCUGUGGUUUUUUUGAAGCGAAUCCAAGUUUUACGAACGGAUCGGAACCGAAUGGCUACGCUACGAAACCACACAUCGGCCGGCAACGGCAGCAACAACAACCACGGCCAGGACUCGCCACAGGCGCCGCAGGACGCGGGGGCCACGCUGGCCAUCGGUUAUGUGCGGGAGUUUAGGGCGCGGGCGGCCGCCUUCCAGGUGCAGCGGUCCGAGGAGUCGCUGGUCUACGUGCAGCGCAGCGUGGCGCUGCUGGGCACCAAGGUGCAGCCGCUGCACUUUGCCCCGUCGCCAGGAAACCUGGAGCUGGCCCGCUUUUACGUGGACCUGCACGCCCUGAUGGGCGCCCUGGAGAACGAAGGCGCCGAGGACGACGUGCUGUGGGGCUGCGUGGCGCUGGUGCAGCACUGCAGCCGGAAUCUGGAGGCGCGCCUUGCGAUCGUCGAGAAAUACUGCUUCGUGCCACUGCUGGGCGUGCUCAUCCGGCGAACUCUGAAGCCGGAGCGGAUGCACCGACUGCUGGUGCUGCUGCAGGACCUGACAUACGGCAUCCACAUCGCCUGGGAGGAGCCCUACCUAGCGGGCCUGCUCGAGCACCUUGUGGAGAUCGUGCACGGCUCGGGAGAUGACUCUUGUACCACAACUGGUGGUUCCACAGCCCUCUCCGUGCUGGUGAACCUCUGCUACAAGAACUUCGCUGUGCUAUUCCUCUUCCUGCGCAGCGUGAACAUAUCCGCCUUCUGCCGGCGCAUCCAGAACUACGGCCUGCUGGCCUACAAGAUGCUCAUCAUCCUCUCGGAGGACGUUUACGCUUUCGAGCUCCGCGAGCUGUACACCUUUCUGCGCACCGCCUUCGCCGGCAUCGAGGACUGCCUGAAGCACUGGAACGUGGCCCAGAUGCGACACAUCGUCGACUUCCUGCUGGACUCGCAAUGCCACGCCGGCCUCCACCGGGCGAUGCUAUCGCAUACGCACUACUGCGAGGACGUGGAGAAGCUGCUGGACCAAAUCGACGCUCGCUGCGGCAUGGACGACUCGCAGGAGGAGACACGCAAGCACCACCAGAUUUGCCUGGACCUGGUCUUCCGCCUCGUCAGCUACAUUUUGCAGCUCUCCGAGGACGGGAGCCUUGACGCCAUCACGACGCGCCUGUACGAGAUGGUCGGAGACUGGCUGGGCUCCGAUCUGUGCGGCGUGGCGGCUAUUGAGCUGCUCUGCACCCUCCUGCGCCUGGGCAAGCGGGCAGCGGUGGCCCAGCUCAUCGCCCGCGAUCCAUCGCACGUGGUCAGCCUGGUGGUCAGCACGGAGCGACCGGAGACGAGGCCUGCUCAGGUGUUGGCCGUUUUACGCCUGCUGAUCGCCCUGCUGCAGGAGCCCAAGACUGAGAAGCUGGUGCUGUCCAAGAUUUCCGAGUCGUACUUCGACAAGAUCCUGGCGGCUCCGCUCGCCCUAGUUCCCCAGUUCCUCAGCACACAGAGCUUGGCGCAAGCAGAGGUGGAGAAGGCCUGCUUCUGCCUGCUGCUGCUCGUCAACGUCGCCGGCAUCGCUAAGAAGGCGUACUUGGACAAAUGCUGCACUCUACUGGAGCAGCCCCAACUGCAGUACUGCCUGGCCCGCGGCAUGGUGAGCAGGAGCGAACCUCUGGUGUCCGCGGUCCUCCAAAUCGCACAGUUCGAGCACUUCCCCAAGAAAGCUGUGGCCAAGCAUGUGGCUGGCUUUAGCGGUGGUCCAGGCGGAUCAGGGACUUCAGCUGCUUACAGCGACCAAGCCGAGCAGUGGCGCAACCUCAGCUCGAUCCUUAAGAGCCACCGCACCUUUACCGACAAAGAAAUGGCGCAACGGGUAAACGCCCUUCUGGACAGCAUCGGAGGCAUUGUUCGUCGCAACGAGCUUGCAUCGGCGCCAGUCUCCCAGGUGAUCGAGCUAUACAACCACCGCAUCGACAGCCUCAACGGCGCCGUGUUGAGUCUGCAGCAGCGCCUGGAGCAGGCCGGCCAGCAGCUGACCAAUAGUACACAGCUGGCCCACGUGCAGAGCACCGAGCUAGAACGCUUCCAGUCUACAAACUUCGAACUGCUCAUCAGCCAGGAGCGGCUACAAACUCAGUGCAAGGAUCUCAAACAGCAGACGGACAAACUGAAAAGCAACAUGUCCAAUCUACUGAAGCAGCUGUCCGAGAACUCCGAACACUUGCAGGCCAGCGAACGGCGAUUAAACGUGAAAAAGUCGGAGAUUGCCGGCCUGCAAAAGGACUGCGAGGAGCUGCGAACGAACCUUAUCGCCAAAAGCGAGGAGCUCACCAAGCUGGAGGCUCACAACAAAGAAAACAUAUCUCGCAUCGACAAACUAAAGAAGUCAAUGGUGGCCUACGAGCAGGAUAUGAAGGAGAAGCUGCGUACCAUAGAGGAGCGCGAACGAGAGCUGACCAAGACGCACAAGGCCCUGGAGGAGCAGCGGGAUGCACGCAAGAAGUCCGAGGACCUGGUUUCCGUGCUGGAGACGCAGCUCCAGGAGCGGAAGGAUCAGAUCGAGCACCUCGAGAUGGAGCAAAAGGAGACGGAAGACUUGCGCAAGACCAUCAUGAGUCUGAUGGAGAGCAAAAAGCCAAAACGGAAGGCCUGAGACUCAUUUUUAAAUAAGUUUAAGCUAGUAAUCUAAAUUCUCCACCGGCAUUAAAUACAUUUUUUUUAUAUUUAUAUACAUUUAUUGCGUCUUGCAGUGCAAUCCAUUGUUGCGGUGCAAGGUUCCAUUCCAAUUCCAAUUCAACCAAAAAUACAAAAUAAUUGAAUAA